GUUUGGUCCUCCUCGGCACCCGUCAGACGCGCCUCUGCAUCCGCGCACCCGGAAACUGAGCAGAGCAACAAAAGCAGCGCUUUCCGCAGGCAGCAAACACCCUCAGCAUAAUGUCGGAUAAAAGUGAGCUGAAAGCUGAGCUUGAGCGAAAGAAACAGCGCCUGGCUCAGAUCCGAGAGGAGAAGAAGAGAAAGGAGGAGGAGCGCAAGAAAAAAGAGUCUGAGCUGAAGAAGGAGGCCGUCCCGCCGCAGGAUGAUUCUGACCUGGAGAAAAAGCGCAGGGAGGCUGACGCUCUUCUGCAGAGUAUGGGCAUCACACCAGACACUCCUGCGGGUCCUACUCCCAUGUCUCCCACGGCCAAAUCUGCAGGCUCUCCAAGUGAAGCAGGGAGCCAGGACUCAGGAGACAGUGCCCCCGGCCCACGGCGGGGUCCUCUGAAGUUGGCCAUGGUGAAGGUGACCCAGGUGGAUUUCCCUCCCAGAGAGGUGGUGUCCUACACGAAGGAGACACAGACGCCCACCGUGACAGAGCAGAAAGAGGAGGAAGAUGAGGAGGAAGAGACCGCCCCCCCGCAGCCCGAGGUCGAGACAGAGAAAGAGAAACCAGCAGAGAAACAAGACGAGGAAGCGCCCCCUCAUGAGCUAACGGAGGAGGAGAAGCUGCAGAUCCUGCACUCGGAGGAGUUCAUGGAGUUCUUCGAUCACAGCACACGCAUCGUGGAGCGCGCUCUCUCCGAACACGUGGAUGUUCUCUUCGACUACAGCGGCCGAGACGUGGAGGAGAAGGAGGGUGAGAUGCAGGCUGGGACCAAACUGUCUCUAAACAGGAAGUUUGUUGAUGAUCGCUGGUCCAAACAGCGAGUGGUGACCUGUCUGGAUUGGUCCCCACAGUAUCCAGAGUUGCUGGUCGCCUCUUACAACAACAACGAGGAAGCCCCGCAUGAGCCCGAUGGAGUGGCUUUAGUCUGGAACAUGAAAUACAAGAAGACCACACCGGAGUAUGUCUUCCACUGUCAGUCUGCUGUCAUGUCUGCAACGUUUGCAAAGUUUCAUCCCAACCUGGUUGUGGGUGGCACUUACUCAGGACAGAUCGUGCUGUGGGACAACCGAAGUAACAGACGCACCCCUGUCCAGAGGACGCCUCUCUCUGCCGCGGCGCACACGCACCCAGUGUACUGUGUGAAUGUGGUCGGCACACAGAACGCUCACAACCUCAUCAGCAUCUCCACUGACGGAAAGAUGUGCUCCUGGAGUCUGGACAUGCUCUCUCAACCACAGGACAGUAUGGAGCUGGUGUUCAAGCAGUCUAAAUCAGCUGCGGUCACCUCCAUGUCCUUCCCUCUGGGUGACGUUAAUAACUUCGUGGUGGGGAGUGAGGAUGGAUCGGUCUACACAGCCUGUCGGCAUGGCAGUCGAGCAGGUAUCAGUGAGAUGUUUGAGGGGCAUCACGGUCCAAUCACAGGCAUUGACUGUCACACAGCUGCAGGACCUGUAGACUUCUCUCAUCUCUUCCUGACCGCCUCGUUCGAUUGGACCGUUAAACUCUGGAGCACCAAGAGUAACAAGCCGCUGUACUCGUUUGAGGACAACUCUGAUUAUGUGUACGACGUCAUGUGGUCUCCGGUGCAUCCCACCCUCUUCGCCUGUGUGGACGGACUCGGACGCGUCGACCUGUGGAACCUCAACAACGACACCGAGGUGCCCACUGCCAGCGUGUCGGUGGAAGGCAGUCCCGCUCUGAACAGACUGCGCUGGUCUCAAUCGGGCAGAGAGAUCGCUGUGGGUGACUCCGAGGGACAGAUCCACAUUUACGACGUCGGCGAGCAAAUCGCAGUCCCGCGGGGCGACGAAUGGACCCGCUUCGUUCGGACGCUGGCGGACAUCCACGAGAACCGCGACGAUGCCGAGGAACUGGCCGCUCAACGCCUGGCCGCUUAAACCAGCAGAUCUCAGGAAGCUGUUAUCACGUCUGUCUGUGGAUGUGAAAUGAUUUCUGUGUGCAAACCCUUGAUUCUGCCUUUCGUUUGGAGUAAAGAUACACAACAUUGACCGUGGGUGCGACUCAUAGUGCGACCGGAAGCCUUAACACUUGCAUGCAAAAAACAAAACCAUUAUGAAUGUUUCUGUUUCUAUCCAGGUGUCUCUGAGCGUGCUCCACUCUCAGCUUAUUAUGCACAGCCAAAUAUAUAAAAAAAAGAAAAAUUGCAUAAAGAAAGUGAAGCUGUUUUUUGUAUUUAAUUUAUGACGGUUGAGCACAUUUUGAAAUAAACCACACAUUUUAAAGGAAUAAAUUUGCUCCCUCAAAUGACACAGAUGUAGUAUAACAAAUUCGGUGUUACAGGUUUUUAGUGUAAUGCUGUAAAAGAGACUUGGGGUUGUGCUCAAGUGCUAGAUGUCAUAAAUAAUAGAAAAUAUCUAUAAAAUAGGCUUCAUUUUCUUUCACAUGUAAUUGAUUUCAUUUGAUUUUGGGGUGAAAUGUUUUAGGAGGUUUUGUCAGAUUUACCUUAACAAUACUAGUGAAGCACCAUAUCUUUUUUUAUUUAACUUGAUCACAGUCCUAGAGAAUCGUAGAGCUCUACCUCUUUCAGAUCUUGUCAGCGGGUCAUAUUCAUUACUCAGCAUCACGUAUUGAGUUUGGUGAGUCUAGCUAUGGACCAAAUGCUGGAAUAAAUACUCUUUUUGUUCCUGUUAAUGAUCGCUCUUGUUCCUCUUCACCUCCGCAGAGCCACAAUCACGUAUUUGUGAUGCAUAUCAAUAUAGCAGGUUCAUGUUUAGACUGUCUGAACUGUUUAAAGUGUGUCUCUCAGAGAUCAAGGUCUUCCUCUUCCAGUGUUUCAAACACUAAUAGUAAGUUUUGCAGAACCUCUUUGUAUUUCUGAAUUCAUUUUCUAAGCCAAAUCUCCGUUUUGAAGUCAUCUGUAGUAUUUUGUUUCGAAGAUUUCGAAACGUUGCUUCCAGCUGUAUCCCUCCGGUUUAAUGGAAUGUCCAAUAAAUUCUGCUUUUGAAAUGUAACAAUUGUAAUUUAUUUCAAUAAACACAAUACACUAAUCAAAUGCAUUUAAACCAAA